GGUAGCAAAGAGAGAGAGGGCAGUGCGUCUUUUGGUUUUAGAAAUGAUUCGUUCGAGGAAAGAAAGUGGAGGGGGAAGAAACCCCAUAAGCUUCGAGCCUUCGAUGGAUCUCAAUGCCCUUGCAAAGAUGCAAGCUUCCUCUGUUUUCUCAGCCACUGGGAGUGGGAGAGGCAGAAUCGAGAGACAAAAUCCAUUUGAAGAUGAGGGCUCAGACUUUCUCAAGGCCUUCUCAAUGACCACAACCAAGGUGGUUAAUGAAAACACAAACCUUUUUGAUGCUUCAGUUAAGAGAAGCAGAGAGGGGAUGAAUCAUAUGGCGCAAAGGAGGAUGGAAGCUCCCUCGACGCCUGGUAGGCCAUUCGUCAGCUUCAGCCUCGGGCACAUUACGAGGAAGAACGUUCCUUCAAAGUGGGACGAUGCAGAGAAGUGGCUGAUUGGUAGUCCUUGCCAUGAAUCACCUGCUCAUGUUAAAAAACCAACAGAGAUGUCAAGGAUUUACAAAGAAAAUGAUGGUGUCUUGCAGAAAGAUGAUGCCUUUGCUGAGAACCAGGUGAGGUUGAUGGAGUACAAGGUUCCAAGCUUAACCAACACAGGAUUGGAUGGGCCAUGCAUGUCUGCUGGCACAAAUGUUGCUUUCAGUGGAGCAUCUACACAUGUACUUCUUAAAGAUAAGUUUACAGACAAUGUAGAAUCAACAUACUCAAACUUCAGAUUCUUGGAUCCCUCAAAAGAAGGUUUUUUGUUCAGAAGUUCAUACUUGGAAUCAUUGAAAAACUGCACAGCAGGAGUUGUAGCAGAGGUUCAAGUUCUACGCAGAGAUAUCGGCACUGAAAGGACUCCUACGGGCAGCUCUUCCACGACGAGAUGCCACACUCCGAUAAAGAUCACUUCGCCGGCGAGGCACAACACGCCGGCAGACAGGUCCGGCCCUUUGGUUCCAUACAACGCCGGGAUUGACAUUUCUGAGCUCAAAGAUUGUUACUUGGCCAAGCUUGACACACUUGUUUCCAACUGGAGUUCUAGAGAAGAGGAAGAAGAGGAAGUGUCUAAAAGUUUGAGACAUUUGGAAAUAAGUGGUGAAAAGAAGGCUACUACUUCAUGGGAAGACGAGGAGAGAGCAAAGCUCUGUAUCAGAUAUCAGAGAGAACAAGCAAAAAUUCAAGCUUGGGUAAACCUCCAGAAUGCAAAAGCUGAAGCACAAUCAAGAAAGUUAGAGGUGAAGAUACAAAAGAUGAGAUCAAACUUAGAAGAGAAACUGAUGAAGAGAAUGGCAAUCGUUCAUAGAAGGGCUGAGGAACGGAGAGCAUCAGCUCAGCUGCAGCAUUCUCAACAGUGGCAGAGAGUUUCUGAGCAGGCUUAUGACAUGAAGAGAAAGCAGAGCACUCCUCUCUCUGGAGAAGAAGCUUGUCGCUGCUUCCCUUGCAACCACCACCACCACCACCACCCUUAAAUUCGAAUACAAACACAUGUUGCCCCGCGGGCUGGAUCAACCGGUUAAGGCGUGACAUCCUUGCACAAUGAGUUGUAGGGUCGAAGGUCCACGGACGCACACUGGAUGAAUAAUCUGAGCCGGCUGUGUUAAAUUCCGGAGACACCACGCUUUACCCGGGCCAGCAUUCACCGCUGAUUUACCUCCUCCUAGGAUCCCUGUGGGGCCAGGCCUAGGGGGGUCGCUGGACGGCGGGACCCGCCUUUUGCACAAUGAAUACAAACACAUGUUACCCCAAGAAUCUAAUGUU